GAAUGGGAAUACCCACAGUGACUGCUGCUCGAAUACUCAAAGGGCAAUUACAAGGAAAAUCUGGAGAAGAAACUGUCUUAGCAAUGGAAUCUUUCCCACAUCUUGGUCUUUCCAAGACAUACAAUGUUGAUCAUCAAGUCCCUGAUAGUGCCGGUACAGCCACAGCUUAUCUCUGUGGAGUAAAAGCAAAUUAUGGAACCAUUGGACUAAGUGCAGCUGCCAGGCGAGGUAAUUGUAGCACAACGAUUGGCCAUGAAGUCACGUCAGUACUUAAAAGGGCAAAAGAUGCAGGAAAGUCAGUCGGUGUUGUGACAACCACUCGAGUUCAGCAUGCUUCUCCAGCUGCUACCUAUGCCCAUGUUGCAGACAGAAAUUGGUAUAGUGAUGUUCAUUUGCCACCUGAUGCAGUUAAUCAUUGCAAAGAUAUUGCUUCACAGCUGAUAUCUAACGUAGAUAUUGAUGUCAUACUUGGAGGAGGAAGAAAGUACAUGACUCCAAACGGAACCCAUGAUCCUGAAUAUCCGGACAACCGUUGGCAGGAUGGUGAACGAAAUGAUACAAAAAACUUGAUUAAAAUGUGGCUUAAAGACAGAAAAGAUGCAAAAUAUGUAUGGAACAAAAGUCAACUUGAUGCUGUUGAUGUACAGAAAACCAAGUAUUUGAUGGGUUUGUUUGAACCCAAGGAUAUGAAAUUUGAGUUAAAUCGAAAUAAGGCAAUGGAUCCAUCGAUCGUUGAAAUGACUGAAAAAGCCAUUAGAAUUCUCAGUAAGAAUUCUAAGGGAUUUUUCCUUUUUGUUGAAGAUAAUGGGAGAAUUGACCAUGGACACCAUGAUGCAACAGCAAAGCUGGCCUUAACUGAAGCAGUAAAAUUUGAUGAAGCUAUUGAAAAAGCUGGUAGCUUGACCGAUGAGUCUGAUACUCUUACCAUUGUAACUGCCGAUCAUUCACAUGUCUUUAGUUUUGGUGGAAAAACUUAUCGUGGCAAUCCAAUAUUUGGAUUAGCACCGUUCAAUGCAGUGGAUGAUAAGCCAUUUACAAGCAUUUUGUAUGGAAAUGGACCUGGUUAUGCAAUUGUAAAUGGCACACGAACAAACAUAACAUCAAUUUCAUAUGAGGACAAGAAUUAUAAGCAACAAACUGCGGUUCCACUGCCUUCCGAAACUCAUGGUGGGGAAGAUGUGGCAAUUUUUGCCAAAGGUCCCAUGGCUUAUCUGUUCCACAAAACACACGAGGAGAAUUACAUUGCUCACGUGAUUGCCUAUGCUACUUGUAUUGAACCAUACACAGACUGCUCACUCAAUCCCAACGGUGGAUCCUCACUCCAGCCUGUUAGGCUUCUCAGUAUUUUGGUAUUGAUACCUUAUUUACUCAAAUAUUGAUUAAUCUUUAAUGCAUACUUAUUAAUGCUACACACAUGAAUAAUUAAAAAGUAUGGUAAUCAAUGCCAGAUCAAGGCAACUUCUGCUUUCUCUUGUUGCCUAUUUAGCUAAGGAAACAAAUAUUUUAUUAUGUGAUAACUUUAGAAUCUUGUAUUUGUAUAAUGUUUUAAAUUCAAUGCAUUUUACAAAAAUGAAAAUAUUGAUUAUAUUCUCUUUGGCUUCCAGUUUAAAUUUAAUAUUUACUAUUCUACAUAUCUUCUGGAAUUUUAUUCCAGCAUUUGGUGCAGUGUUUUAACGUGAGUAGUUGAAGAAUGGAAUCUGAACUGGAUUUUCUAA